CCUCCGCUGACGCAAGCAGAGACAUACGCCGGCUUUGGCGUUCUGGGCCGCAGCAGCAGCAGCAGCAGCAGCGCCGCCUUCAGAGUUCCUCCCGGGCGAUCGAGAGCGGACCUCCUAAGACGCAGCGAUUCGUUUUGGCCGAGAUGUCUGCGGCCCAUGACUUGUCCCCGGGGGAGCUUUACGAGCGGGUGUCGGAGCAGGGAGAGGCCGUGAGAGCCCUCAAGGCACAGAAGGCACAUCAGGAUGAGGUCAAGGGAGCAGUCCAGAAGCUGCUGGAGCUGAAGCUGGAGUAUAAGCGAGUGUCGGGGCACGAGUACCAGGCUGGCGCCCCACCCGGCAAGGUGAACGAGGCUGCCAACGGGGCCGCACAGGCUCCCGACUGCGUCCCCAGCGACACCGCUGCACAGGAAGCGCAGACAGACCACGUGGACCCAUGGAAUGUGCAGACCUCCAGCGCCAAGGGCAUCGACUACGACAAACUCAUCGUCAACUUCGGGAGCAGUAAAAUCGACCAGCACCUGAUCGACCGGAUCGAGCGGGUCACUGGCAAACAGGCGCAUCACUUUCUGCGGCGAGGCAUCUUCUUUUCACACAGGGACAUGCACCAACUGCUGGAUGCGUACGAGGCCAAGAAGCCGUUCUUCUUGUACACGGGGCGUGGGCCCUCGUCGGACGCCAUGCACGUCGGCCACCUCAUCUCCUUCAUAUUCACCCAGUGGCUGCAGGAAACGUUCAACGUUCCACUGGUCAUCCAGCUGACGGACGACGAGAAAUACCUGUGGAAGGAUAUGGAGCUGGAGGAAGCAAACAGGCUCGCUCACGAGAACAGCCGAGACAUCAUCGCAUGUGGCUUUGACAUCAACAAGACCUUCAUCUUCUCCGACCUGGAGUACAUGGGGCAAUCGAAAGAGUUCUACAUGAACGUGGUUAAGGUGCAGAAGCACGUGACGUUCAACCAAGUCAAGGGCAUCUUCGGCUUCGGAGACAGCGACUGCAUCGGUAAGAUCAGUUUCCCGGCUGUGCAGGCAGCUCCCUCCUUCAGCAGCUCCUUCCCUCACAUCUUUGGUGGCCGGACUGACGUGCAGUGCCUCAUCCCGUGCGGCAUUGAUCAGGACCCGUAUUUCCGGAUGACGCGUGAUGUCGCUCCACGCAUCGGCUACCUCAAACCCGCGCUGCUGCACUGCAGCUUCUUCCCCGCGCUACAGGGCGCGCAGACCAAGAUGAGCGCCAGCGACCCCAACUCAUCCAUCUUCCUCACCGACACAGCCAAGCAGAUCAAGAGCAAGGUGAACAAGCACUGCGUUUUCCGGUGGCCGCGACACAAUCGAAGAGCACCGCAAGCUGGGUGGGAACGUGGAGGUGGACGUGUGCUACAUGUACCUCACCUUCUUCCUGGAGGACGACGAGCGGCUGGCGCAAAUCCGCAAGGACUACACGAGCGGCGCCAUGCUCACGGGCGAGCUCAAGCAGCAGCUCAUCGCUGUGCUGCAGCCGCUGGUGGCGGCGCACCAGGAGCGGCGGCGCAGCGUCACCGCCGAGAUGGUCACGCGCUUCAUGACGCCGCGGCCGCUCAACUACACGUGCUGACCGCCGCACGUGCGAUCGCUCCGUGCCACAGUCCAGCGUGUGCACCACUUACGAGCGCGCUCUCGAACACGCAUGCAGAGACAUUGGCACCCACGGUCUAGUUGAAUUAUCGGUAUACUGAGCCGUUGACGGAUCAAAAAUCACAUUUUGUCUCUCAAGAUGCUGUCACGGGAGAGGACUUUUAUGAGACAAGAGAGCAAAUCCGAACUAACCCCACCCCCAAGCAUUAUUUCAAUUUCCCCUUCCUGACCCUUAUAAAAACGAAACAAAUAUUACAUUUUGCACUCCCAGAAUUACCGUGGACAAGCUCAUGGACCCGGCUUUGGCGGCGAUUGAGCCGUGAUGCCAAUAAAUAACGGUGCAAUGUCGUUGCUUCAUGACAGCCCAAAAAGUAACAAAUUAACAUGUGAGAAUUGAAAUAUGGUUACAACCCCCCAUACUUCACCUCCAUCACCCAUCGGAACGUUUCCGCGAUCGCUGAUGACAGGCGGCCGGAGUGGGCCUCCUCCUCUAUCCAGACUGCAUCGCCGCGCUUCAUGAAAGUCUCGGUGGCGAUGGUACCUGUGUCGUCCACCGUGGGCAUGAUUGACCCCGCCUCGGCACUGAGUGGGGGGGGGGGGGUGAGUACUGAGUAGGGGUAAUGUGUGGAACGUUCUGGCGGGGAGGUGAGAUUGAGGGCUCUUUAACUGGAGGGGUCUUGUAUGUAUGUUGAACUUCUUUCGCACCAUACGUAGCCAACCGUACUAAUUGAAGGUGCAGGGCAAGGCCAACAAACUAAUCACAAAAAGCAGUUAUAAAAACACGAGUUUUAAAUCUAGAUGAUUUAAAAGUGCAUAGCUCCAGUGGCUUCCUAAUAUCGGCCACAGAAGCGCAUCUGAAAGCGCCACGCGAUGCAGUGGCCGUCUUUGUUCGAUGGGUAUUGGAGAUUGUUGUUUUGGAGCGAGGGUAACUGUGUGUCUGAUCGUCUUCGCCGCAUGACCUUCAGCAACAUAUGUGUACCUGAGCGAGUUUAUUAACAGUUCUGCCCGGUUGGGCCUCAGCAAGGUU